AGACGAUUAUGAUGUUGAAGAAAAUAGAAAGUAUGUAGAGACACUAAAGAAAAUACAAAAUUCAAACCAAUGCUAUGCAAUUAAAGAUUCUCCUACUGGUGUAUAUGCUGCUUUAGAUGUAGUGAAAAAAGUAAUUGUUAUGUCAUUAAAUCAAAUAACAAAAGAAGAGUGA